AUGGCACCAGGAGCAACCUUCCCCACCGCAGCGGCAGCAGGAGAAUUCACAAAACGUGACGGCAAAGCCCUAGAAACUCUAUCUGACAACAUCGACGCCGUCAACAUUCUCAAACCUCUCACCACCACCACAACCACCACCACAGAAAAAGGCCUUUACGACGAAAGUGUCUUCGACAAAACAAAAGACAAAUCCCAAUUCCGCCAAUACGAAACCGCCUGCGCGCGCGUAAAAUCAUUCUAUAAAGAGCAACACACCAAACAAACCGUAGCCUAUAACCUACUUGCACGCAACAAAUUCCGCUCUUCGACCAGGGCUCGGAUGAGUGUAUGGCAAGCCAUCGAGCGGCUGAACACGUUAAUCGAUGACUCCGAUCCCGACACAUCCCUAAGUCAGAUCGAGCACUUGCUACAAUCCGCCGAAGCAAUCCGGCGAGACGGAAAACCGCGAUGGAUGCAAUUAACCGGCCUAAUACACGAUUUGGGCAAAUUGUUGUAUUUUUUUGACGGGAUUGCGGAGGGCCAGUGGGAUGUUGUCGGUGACACGUUCCCUGUUGGAUGCGCAUUCGAUGAUCGAAUCAUCUAUGGACGGGAGAGUUUUGUGUCGAAUCCUGAUUAUGGGCAUGAGGUUUAUGAUCGGGGUUUGGGCAUAUAUUUCCCGGGUAUAGGGUUGGAUAAUGUUAUGCUUUCGUGGGGGCAUGAUGAGUAUCUCUAUCAUGUUGUCAAGGGUCAGUCGACUCUGCCGGAUGAGGCGUUGGCGAUGAUAAGGUAUCAUUCUUUUUACCCCUGGCAUAAUGCGGGGGCGUAUGAGGAGUUGAUGAAUGAGAAAGACAAGGAAAUGCUGAGGGCGGUUAGGGCGUUUAAUCCGUAUGAUUUGUAUAGUAAGAGUGAUGAGUUGCCCAAGGUGGAGGAGUUGAGGCCGUACUACGAAGAGUUGAUUGAUGAGUUUUUUCCGGAGAGGUACAUGAUGGUUGUGUCAUCCGAGAAAGAAAGUAUCAACAUGAAGUUCAAAAGUUCAAAAGUUAAAACAUGGGUAUCAUCAAGAUCAGAACCUGUCAACGAAAAUCAGGAAUGA